AUGGCUAUGCAAUCACCUUCCCGAGUGUUCCUCAGUUUCAGGGGCAGUGACACUCGCAACAAUUUUACCGGUAAUCUCUAUAAGGCUCUCAUUGACAAGGGAAUUUGUACUUUCAUUGAUGAUAAUGAUCUUGAAAGAGGAGAUGAAAUCACACCCAAACUUGUCAAGGCCAUGGAAGAAUCUAGGAUUUUUAUUCCCAUAUUUUCUGCCAACUAUGCAUCUUCUUCAUUUUGUUUGGACGAACUUGUCCACAUCAUUCACUGCUACAAGACAAAGAGUUGCUUAGUAUUGCCCGUUUUUUAUGAUGUGGAACCUACUCACAUACGACAUCAUAGUGGAAGUUAUGGUGAGCAUCUUACUAAGCAUGAAGGGAGAGGAGAGUCCCUGCAACCAUAG